UUGUCUCUAGCAAGAGCACUAAGAGCUUAACACUCAGUGAACUUGUGCACGAGACUUGCUUUUCUGUGGAUCUAAAAAACUUUGGUGUUUGACACUUUUUUUUCACAAUGGAUCUCUCACUGCACACUCUUCUGCUGAUCUUUGCCACAUUCUCCGUCCUUGUUGAAGAAGGAUUCGGACUACCACUCUCCCAGCCAUCGGAAUCCCAGAGCUCGUCCUCUUCGGCCGCCAGGGUUCGCACCAAACGCUGCUCCUGCAGUAACUGGAUGGAUAAGGAAUGCAUCUACUUUUGCCACUUGGACAUAAUCUGGGUCAACACACCUAGUAAGAUCACCCCAUACGGCCUCGGAAGUCCUCUGUCCCGCCGGCGGCGCUCCACGGGCCGCUGCGAAUGCGCCAGCGCUAACGAUUCCACCUGUUCCACGUUCUGCCACACCAGCUCGAUGGACCCAAGCCUCGUCGUCGUGAGUCCGCUCGAUCCUGACGUGCGACGCGUCAACAAAGCCGACAAAGGCCUGCUUAGAUAUUUCAGGCAAGUCGCGAAGGCUAAUCUCGUCGCGGCAGAGCGUUCCAAGCUGAUCAAGACCAACAAAUCUUGAAGCUGUCAAAAAAACAACAACAAAGAAGAACAAAGAAGUAGAAGAUGAUGCAGAGCAAAAGGAUCAAAUCUAAAUCUUCCCAUUCCUGGGUAAGAAGGUUGAGAGGAAUCUCUUCUGCUGUGUGACUGGAGCUGGAAGGACGGAAGACACAAUUCUGGAAGGGCUAAUAAUUCAUCUAUUCUAAAUACUGACAGUCUUAAGGGGAAAAGACUUCAAGCGUUCAGGGCCAUAAUUGAUACACAAAAACAUCACGGAUCAGGGAAGCGGUGGAAUGUCUGAAAAUGCUGGUUGGAGCACAAGCGUGCCUUGUGUUGUUACUAAAGGAGGAACGGAGCACCUUGAACACCUGUGAAGUGGUGGCCUUUUCAAAGGAAGGAAUGUUAAGCCAAAAAAAAAAACAUGUGGGACUAUCAAAUGAAAGCGUUCAAUUCUAGCCUUACAAAUAAGGCACUUAUAUAAAUAUAUAUA